GUUACACGUGUCAAUUAAAUCGUGCCAAGUUGCAAGCAGAGAUUCAUCGCACUGUAGCUAUGAAAAUUAUAUUUACUCGUGUUAUUCUUGUGAUUUAUUUUCUUAUACAGUCAGUGUGUUUCGUGGAUACUGGAAGGUUGAAAACAUGGAAAAAAGAGGUACACGCAAAAAAACUGAAUGACGACAGCAAGUACUACCCGGCGGCCCGGGCAAAGCUGCGAGAUAUCGAUUCCCAGAACCUGUGUGCAAAAGACGACUCCAAAAUGUCAAGAAGCCACUUCCGCUGGUGGUACCUAUACUAUGACAAAUUGCCAGGGCUCAAGGACUGUCAGUUAGCCAUGGAGCUGAUGAACUUCCUACCGGGGAAGGAGCGGGUCAUUGACGAGAUUGCCACAAAGGCCGAGUGUCGGACGCCUAAAAACAAUCCACAGGGUCCCAAGAAGUGUCAUCUGUAUACGCGCCCUUGGUAUAGACGUUUCACCGGGGACAACCUCGACGAUCCAUGGACGCCGCUUCACAUCCAUAACUUAGAGAAGAGCUGAUUGGAAGGAUGAAGUCUGGAGCAAAAAUGUGACAGAGUCUGGCUGAUAGUGCUGUGAAGUGGACACCUCAAUUCUUUUUAUAAUACUCUCAUGAGCUUUGUGUCAAAGUUUCAAGCAAUGUCUAGUCUGCACUGAAAAGCGAUGUAUGUGCGUUUCAAAGUGAAUCCGAUUGUGCUAAAUAAUGCAGAAUCAAAAUCUCUAAAACGUGGUAUUGGUGUCUCAUCCCUCACUCCGCCACCAUAAGGCAAAUUUUGUCUGACUCAGUCACAAGCAUUUUAAGGACGUCACGUUUGCGGUUCAAUUCCAUGGCUGCGUAAAUCAAUAUGCAUUUUUUAUUCCAAAUUUUUAUUCCAAAA